CACGUCAAACAGGUACAGAUGUCAAGUAUGGGGAUGAGACUUUUUUUUUCGCCAGCAAAUUUGUGUCUGACCCGUCCGGGUUUUUUUUUGUAGUGUAUUCCCGUGCGUGUUUUGUGGACCAUUUUGAGGGGUGCCGCACCGUGUAACAGACUGUAGGCUGAAGAAUCGUUUUCCACUGGGUCCCAAUCGAGCAGCAGGGCUGUGAAAGUGCCGAGACACCUACUUGCCUCCUCCCUUACACCUUGCGGUUGCGGUUGUCCUGUGUUGACACCGUACGUGUGCACAAAAACACAGCAGCAGCAGCAGCAGCAGCAGCAGUGCUAAGAAUGGGCGGACUGUUCAGCUACUUCCGGGGGUUGCUGGGGAGCCGGGAGAUGCGGAUACUGAUACUCGGGCUGGACGGCGCCGGCAAGACGACGAUACUGUACCGGCUGCAGGUGGGCGAGGUCGUGACCACAAUACCGACGAUCGGCUUCAACGUGGAGCAGGUGACGUACAAAAACCUUAAAUUCCAAGUGUGGGACCUCGGCGGACAGACCAGCAUACGACCCUAUUGGCGUUGUUAUUACAGCAACACAGACGCCAUCAUCUAUGUGGUGGAUUCCGCCGAUAAGGAUAGGAUAGGCAUAUCAAAAGAUGAGCUACUCUACAUGUUAAGGGAAGACGAACUUGCCGGAGCAAUACUGGUCGUGCUGGCCAACAAGCAGGACAUGGAGGGGUGCAUGAGCGUGGCGGAGGUGCACCAAGCGCUCGGGCUGGAAGCGCUGAAAAACCGAACGUUCCAAAUAUUCAAAACAUCCGCCACCAAAGGGGAAGGCCUCGACCAGGCGAUGGACUGGCUGUCGAACGCGUUACAGGCGCGGAAAUAGCUCCGGCAACAGCAGCUGGACCCCGUUUUUUCCCAUUUUUUCCUCCGCCCCAAACGCUACCCAAACCCCCUGUUUCCUUUCACUUCCCCUCUAUUAUCAUUCUUACCUGCCCACUGACGCUGCCGGUUCGCUGCAGGAUGGUGCGUUUCGCCAUCAACGGCCUCGUGGCGUGCGGCGUGUGAACGAUGUGUGUAGCUCGUAAGUUUUUCGUGAGCAAGAUGCAGUGCGCAAUUUCUGUUGUAGAUUAGAGAUUGGGGGUUAUUACACUUUGCCCCCUUCCAGCGACCUUCGGAUCCCUUUCUAUGCAAGAUUACUUUAGACGACGCGAUGCGCGACAAACACAUUAGAUACGCGCUAUGGCAUACAUAUAUACAUUACCGAGAGAUGGGACAGCCCAACCGAUUGCUUUCCAAGCCACACACACCCACGAAAAAAGCUUUCCUUUUGUCCCAUGCUGCUGGGUGUUAAUAUGCUUUCCUGUUCGUUUCCCCUAGCAACAGGCGAGGGCAAAUCCCCGCUUUAUAUGCGCAACACGGUUCGCUUCACAAUGGAGUAGGCGCAUCAUCGCCGCUUGCUCUUCAGACCAUUCUUGCAAUAUGCUUUUACCGGACGACGAUCCCGGAUCAGCACCAUUUGCCAGUUUCCUUUGCUCCCCUUCCAGUCACAGUCAGUCAUUAGAAUUGGCAAAAAUCGGCGUUUAACGGUGGUGGCAGCAGCGGAACGGACAACGGAACGAAAAUGAGCGCGCGCGCGCGUUUAGAUUGAAAAGCAUUAAUUUUAUAUUUAAAAAGAAAAAGUAUGUACCAUUAAACAAAUAUUAUACAAGACGGAUUUAAGUUCACAAGUGAA